AUCACCAAACGACCAACAAAGAGCACUGUGUCAGUCCUGAGCGAGGUGGGAGAGACUUGGCCAAGGAAUCCUUACUGACUGACAUGGGACAGAACCAGGACAAAACUGAAAGUGGAGAGCAGGUUCCUCAUGAGCAGCUGGAAGAAACUCAAUUAUGCCAUAACUCUUUAGGUUUAGAUACUCAUUCAGGUGAGAUCACAGAGGGAGAACGUUUAUGCGAUGAAGAAGAAGAAGAAGAUGAGAAAAAGUCGGAUGACCCACAAUGUUAUCAUCUAAAUGAAAGCCCCAGCUAUGAACCAACAAUAACUUCCAUUGAGAGGGAUAAUCGGCUGUGUGAGAGCCAGUACCCUGCAAGGGAGGUGAGACAGGGAGGGGCUGCAGAAAAGGAGGGCGGAGGUGAGCAUGGAGGAGGAGGCUGGACUGUUCCUCUGUCUCCACAUGAAACUGAGAAGAACCCAGAGAGUACCUUAGGAACAGACCGGCUUAAAACAACCCAAAGAACAUCCAAGGUUAACAAAAACAAAAGGAAAACUGUGGAACAGCUUCAAGCAUCUACAAAAACCAGGAUGGAGCAUCAGGCAGAGGAAAUUUCCCCACCCAAAGAUGUAAACUCAGAGGAGGCAAGCACUUUGGAAAACUCUAAGCAAGACUCUGUGAUGCUGAAGACCUGCACCCAUGGAACUCAUACAGGAUGUGAGUCGCUGUUUGUUCAGGACCUGAAUGAAAUUAUAGUGGAUGAAACUGGAAAUGAGGAUACUAAGCUCUGCAUGGGAACAGGCAGCUUCUUAACUGAGAGGAAGGAACCGCCUCCAGCUCAGCCCCCACAUCCUUUGGAAAACAGUCUCCAGAAAGAGUCUUUAUUACACAUGUGUGAUACCAUUGAAGAGGUGACCCCAAAAGAGAAAACAGAGAUCAAUGAAAAGGAAGUAUCACUUAAAUAUGCUUUAGAGUACACCUCACCAGGGCCAAAGUGGACUGAUGUAUGUGAGCAGGAGACGCAGCCUUCACACCCUGAUAUGGCAGAAACAAACAAAGCAUCAGAAUCAGGACCAAACGGGGUGUUGGAUACUGAGCCAAGCUCUAUUCUAGAGAAGCUGCUGAAGAGAAACAAAACAGAGGCAACCCCAUCCCUUGCUAAAAUAAAAGAGGUUUAUACCAACACAACAGAAGGUCGGGAUGCUGAUAAGGUUCUUAAUAACACAUCAGCAGCAGCACUGAGCGACCAGAACUACCAGCCUGAGCUAGACACAAAAAGCUCUUUAAGCAAACAACCUGAAACAAAUUCUGCAUCAAAGGACUCCCACAUUGAGAUGAGAAACGAGAUUGCCCAAAAUACCUCAUAUUUGGUUUGUUUGCAGCCUGAAGCCAGCGGUAAUUCUACGUGUGAGAGCUCACAAACUGAAUCACAUUACUUAAGGGUUAAGAAAAAUAAUUCAACAGAGGAAUCAGUGAAAGCAGAUGGAGAGAUAGGGUCAAACAUAGGCCCCUCUGAGGAAAUGUCUGCAUUUGGCUCACAACAAUCAGCUGUUUCACACAAGACAGCAUCAUGUGAGCUGCCUGAUGCGAUAGUGGAGGAAUCUAAACCUUCCUUGACUGAGUCCACACCAAAAGAUAGUAGUGGGCAAAUUACCAACUCCUCGCAGAGUCUUAAUGAGGAGACCGACUCUAAUAUUGUUGGACGUCCUUCAUCAGUAAAGAGUGAAAUCAAUAACAAAACAUCUCGCUCUGGUGGAGCAGAUUCUCCAUCAGUUGGUAGGGCGGAGGAAAAAGAGGACCCCAAAGAAACUGUCUCACCACCUGUUCACCCUGAUGCACCUUUAGGAGCAGUUGGGUUGGUUUUCAUACAAGAAAGCAGCAGGGUCUCAUCCUGCACACAGCCGGAUCCUCAGAGUCCUAAUUCUGAAAAAGCUCAUGCGGAGGGACCUAAUGUGGAACCUUAUAGUGAGAAAGACAGUGUCUCCAUGAGAGACAAGUCUCAGAGCUCUCCGAAACCCAGGCCUGUUUCUGACCUUAUCAAGGAGACAAUUCAGAUGCAUGAAAAGCUGCAGCACCAUGACCGACCCAAACCAGCAGAGAUUAAGCCUGCUGAGGAACAGGCGCAAUCUGUGAAGGUGGCCCAGAUGAAGGCAGCUUUUGAUUCGGCUCAGAGAUCCCCAGACAAGGCAGUCGAGAGGAAACCAUCAGUGAGGAGAGGUAAGGGCUUCCAUGCAAGAACAGCAGCAUCCCUGUCUUUCUUUAGGACACUCUUAAAGACCAACCUCUUCAAAGAGCAUCUCUUCCUAACUCUUACCCAUACCUCUGUACCCCUCUACUACUCUUUCUGCACUUCCCCCUCUCUCUUUGCUGUCCCCACUGACUCUGAAUAG